AUGCGCGGGCCACUGCAUAGCUGCAGUUCACUGGACCUGGACCUCGCCUGUCACCACCCUCUGUCCCUACUAAAUGCUGGCUGCAGCAUGGUGGACCCUCUGGGCCUCUCCGCGACGCCUCCCUGUGAUCUGGAGAGAUCUGACUCCCCAAACUGCCGUGGCCCAGGUGUUUCAGAGGAGGAUCUGCCAACCAGCGCACCCCAAGACUUCCCCAAGGCCUCACAUACUCAGGGCCGGGUCUUGCUCCUGACGAUCUGUGCAGCAGGCAUUGGGGGGACUUUUCAGUUUGGCUACAAUCUCUCCAUCAUCAAUGCCCCGACCUUGCCCAUUCAGGAAUUCAUCAAUGGCACGUGGAAGGCACGCACAGGCCAGCCCCUGCCUGAGCACAUGGUCCUGUUGGUGUGGUCCAUCAUUGUGUCUCUGUACCCCCUGGGGGGCUUCUUUGGAGCACUGUUUGCUGGACCUCUGGCCGUCAUACUGGGAAGGAAGAAGUCCCUGCUGGCGAAUAAUGGCCUGGCGAUGGCAGCAGCAGUCCUGUUUGGCUUCAGCCGCAGAGCAGGCUCCUUUGAAAUGAUCAUUCUGGGGAGAUUGCUUAUGGGGAUCAGUGCAGGUGUGAGCAUGAACAUACAGCCUAUGUACCUGGGGGAGAGCGCCCCCAAGGAGCUUCGUGGAGCAGCAGCCAUGACCUCUGCAAUCUUUGCUUCUCUGGGUGUGAUGAUGGGCCAGGUGGUGGGGCUCAGGGAGCUCCUAGGUGGCCCACAGGCCUGGCCCUUGCUUCUGGCCAGCUGCUCGGUGCCUGGUGUGCUGCAGAUGGCUUCUCUGCCCCUGCUCCCGGAGAGUCCGCGCUACCUCCUCAUUGAUCGUGGGGACACUGCGGCCUGCCUGGCAGCAUUGCAGCGGCUGCGGGGCUCAGAGGACGUGGCAGCUGAGCUGGAGGAGCUGCAGGAGGAGCGCAUGGCCUGCCACAGCCUGCGUGCCAGGCGCCCUUGGGAGCUGUUCGCAGACCCCUCGCUGCGGAGGCAGGUGCUAAGCCUGGUGGUGCUGAGCAGCUCCAUGGCACUCUGCGGGAAUGACACGGUGUAUGCCUAUGCCUCCUCUGUGUUCCGGGAGGCAGGCAUCCCUGAGGACAGGAUCCAGUAUGCCAUCGUGGGCACCGGGAGCUGUGAGCUGUUCACGUCUUGUGUCAGUUGUGUGGUCAUUGAGAGGGUGGGCCGCAGAGUGCUGCUGAUCGGGGGCUACAGCCUGAUGGCCUGCUGGGGUGGUGUCUUCACAGUGGCCCUGUACCUGCAGAGCACAGCCCCUGGCAUGUCAUACCUAGCUAUGUGCUGCAUCUUUGCCUUCAUCCUCAGCUUUGGCAUUGGCCCAGCCGGAGUGACGGGGAUCUUGGCUACGGAGCUGUUUGACCAGAUGGCACGGCCUGCUGCCUACAUGGUCUCCGGGGCGCUCCUGUGGCUUAUGCUCUUCCUGGUGGGGCUGGUCUUCCCCUUUAUCAUGGAAGGCUUGUCCCAGUUCAUCUACGUGCCUUUCAUCUGUGUCUGUGUUGGUGCCGCCCUCUACACUGGCUUCUUCCUACCUGAGACCAAAGGCAAAACCUUCCUGGAAAUUUCUGAGGACUUACAGAAGCUCAAUUCCUCCGACCAGCAGUGGAGGAGUCCCCAGUGGAGGACCCCCAAGAUCAUUGAGUCCACAGAGCUCUAGCUUGGAGUGUGGCUGGGGCUGGAGGCUGCGAUAUGCAUGGUCCUUCUCCCCUCCUGCUUGCUCCUGGACCACUCCAUUAACUGGCCCUUAUUGAACCCUGCUGCCAGGUGCCAGUCAGUGGGGACCUGAGAGAUGGAGUUUGUGAGAGGCAGUUAAUAGGAUUCUCUAAAAACAGAGCAACAGGGACAGGGAAAUAGUUCAAAAGGUAGAGCACACCGAAACAAGGCUGAGACCCCCCCAACUUUGAAAGCUGACGUUGCAUGGGCUCCCCCUUGUGGCUGAAGUAGUCCUGAGCA